CAAACCCUAGCCAUUUCUGCAACAUACUUGUUCAGAGAACAGUAUCUCGAGCUCAAGAGAGGCGGAGCGCAGCGACUCGCAGAAAGAAUGGCGGCUCCCGGCGACAUCGUCAAGGCUGGUACUGUCAAGGAUGUAUCACCUCACGAGUUCGUGAAGGCCUAUGCCGCUCACCUCAAGCGAUCUGGCAAGAUAGAGCUGCCCCCAUGGACUGAUAUUGUUAAGACUGGUAAAUUGAAAGAGCUGGCCCCAUAUGAUCCCGACUGGUAUUACAUCAGAGCUGCCUCAAUGGCGAGAAAGGUGUACCUGAGGGGAGGCCUUGGUGUGGGUGCUUUCCGAAGAAUUUAUGGCGGAAGCAAGAGGAAUGGAAGCCGCCCUCCCCAUUUCUGCAAGAGCAGUGGAGCUGUUGCCCGUCACAUUCUUCAACAACUGGAGAAGUUGAACCUUGUUUCCGUAGAGCCCACUGGCGGAAGGAAGAUCACUUCAAGUGGUCAGAGAGAUCUCGACCAAGUUGCUGGGCGGAUUAUUGUCGCUCCUUGAUGAGUGAAGAAUGUUGUGAGGCAGGCUUAUCACUCAAAGGGAUUGCUGUGCUUGAUUUUGUUUGUUAGAGCUUAGUUCUCAGCCUACUGAAGUUUUUUUUAUGAAUGAAGAGAUAAUAGAUCUUGACCAAGUUUUUGGUUUUUGUGUUUGUCUUGAGAGUUCAUGCUGCUAUCGAGUUCAUAUAUAUUGUCUUAUGCUCCGUUGUUCAACUCAGUAGAAAUGUUUUGAUAUCAGCACUAUCUUUUAUGUUUUCUUUUUCAGUUUCAACUUUUUUCUUAGUUACAUUUUAAUGGCCUUUCCAACCUGAGGUGACAAGCUCCUCUAUGUUGUGAAUUGUGAUGAAGGCGUCGUGUUUUCUUUGAGUUGGGCAACUGAGGUACCAUGCUUCUUUGCCAUUUCGACGUAAAGUACUGUUGCUUCCUGGUGGAUCGAAAUAGGAAUGUUCGUCUGGGCUAAAUACUCUGCUCACUUUGGCUGGUCACAAUGAACAGGAUCAUUACAAGAGAUAAACCAUGCUAGGUUGGGGGCAGAUUGUGGAUGCAAGUUAUCAUUUUUUUAGUGCUGAGAUAGAGGUUACUAAAUCGUAUCAUGUUUAGUCACUAGAAAAAAUAUCAGAUUUGGUCACUCAAAUUACUAAAACAGGUUAUAUUUAGUCACUCUGUGCUAGUCUGCGUCCAACUCCGUUAAUGAAGUCCAUUAUGUGCUGACGUGGCUAAUGGGAGUGCCUAGUCAGCGCCGUUUUGGCCGACUAAUGGAAAUUAUAUUCAUUAAUAAUAAUAAUGUCCUAAGUUUGAAUUACCUAAACUAUCACUUAUAUUCACAUACGCAAACUAAAAAAUGAGAGUAGGAUAAUCAUUUUUUCAAAUUUCCGAGAUAUCCCCCACUAUCGAUUAUAAUUUUUUGUCCAUACAUAAAUUAACACCGGGAGUUGAUAAUCGUUCCCAAAAUUUAUGGUUGUCCAAACUCCCUUGGGUCCUCCCCUGCUUCCUCCUCUUCUUCUCCGCCACUCAGACCCCUCCGUCCCUCGCCAUGCUCAUCAUCUCUUGCGCUCACUUCCUCAAUCACAGAUAGCAUCACAUCAACAGCGGGACAGUAGCAGCAUCACAACGCAUCGGCAGUAGCAGCAGAUCGAGACCCACAGCGACCCAAUCGGCCAAUCCCAUCCCAUCGACUCCUUCUCUCCCUCGUCUCCGCCGCUCAGGCCCUCCUUUGUCGAUUGGGGAUUCUGGGAUUGAAAGUUGUGUCUCCUUGUGUCCUUUGAAACAAUGUUGAUUUCAUAUCUGAGUUUUGUGUGUCCUUCUGUGCUUGUCAAAGGUGAAGGUUGAGUGAAGUUGCUGCAUCCAAAUCAGUCAAUACCAGUGGGUCGUCCAUGAACUUCCAGCCCAAUUCCAUGGAGGAGGAGAUUGAGUUUUCGUUGAAUGUAAACCUGUUUGUGACAAUGUUGGCGUAGUGAGUUAGAUCAGAGAAGAGGGUUUGCUCCUGGAAAGUGACCCCAUUCAUUGAACCGGAGAAUCCAACCAAUCGGGAAUCCAUAUCUCACCCCCGCGGAAAACCUAGAUCAAAUCUCACUUUACCAAAGGUGAGUGGAGAUGAUUUGUCUUCCUAAUUGAGCCCAAAAUUCCCAACCCACCCUUCAAAGUUUUUCUCUCCCUCUGCUUUCGCAUCUCUCUCAACCGUUUCAUCUUCCCUCUCCAGCCCCAAAACCCUUCCUCUCAAACCUCCAUCUCUGUUUAAUUUAUUUUGACAAACCAAUCAAUCAUGUGUCGAGUU